GCAUUAAUGAGUAAAUAAAAUUAAAAAACGAAACAAAACCCAAGUACUUUACUACAUAUAGCAAAAUAAAAUUAUACAUAAUUUGUGUGCUCACAUUUUAAGUUUAAAAAUGGCGCCAAAACAAUUGAAAAUUGCCGAAUUAGCUAUUCGGACAGUGUGGCAACGCUGCUGACAUGCACGGCGCUGCCAACCUGUUUGGCACACAGCUGUGCACACAUCACAAUUGCGCUGACAGCUAGUCGAUAUAUCGAGCAAAAAAUUCAUCGGAAUUUUUCAGCUUUUUGCUGUUUACGCUAUAAAAAUUACAAUAAAAUACAGAAAAUCCUAUUGAAAACAAAUCACUUGACCAAUUGAGAGUUGUUAAUAUAAAAAGCAGGCAGUGGUGUUGCGCCCAGCUGCAUUGAACAUGGCACAAACGAUAGACGUGGGCUGCGUCAAGGAGGAGCACUGUGAGGCGAUUUGCAAUAUGUUUAAAGCCCAGGAUUGGCCACUGACCAUGCGACACAGGGACCUGGGUCUGGUUAAGAUCGAGCAGGACAUGAGCUUUGUGUGGCAAAGCAGCCCCAGUGUCACCCUGGACGGCAAGGACCGACAACCAGAGAAGCAGGGCCAAAAAAAAUUCCAGCACGGUGGCAAAACGCCGUACAGCGGGUCGGCCAGCGAGAAGCCUUUCAAGUGCGCACACUGCCCCAAGGAUUUUGCCACCAGCAGCAAUCUGAAGGUGCAUCUGACGCGCACCCACUCCGGAGAUCGCGAGCGCCCGUUUUUGUGCCCCAACUGCCCCAAGUCGUUUGCGACCAAUGAUAAUCUGCAGAAGCACAUACGCAGGCAUUCGAGCGAGCGCAACUUCAACUGUCCACACUGCCCCAAGGCCUUUGCCACAAAGGAUAAUCUACAGAAGCACAUACGCCGGCACUCGAGCGAACGCAACCUCAUCUGUCCGCAUUGUCCCAAGGCAUUUGCCACCAACGACAAUCUGCAGAAGCAUAUACGCCGGCACUCGAGCGAGCGCACCUUAAAUUGUCCACACUGCCCGAAGGCAUUUGCCACCAAUGAUAAUCUGCAGCGGCAUAUACGCGGUCAUACGGGUGAGCGACCCUUUAAGUGUCCCUAUUGCCCGAAACCCUUUGCCCAAAACAGAGAUCUCAAAGCGCACAUCCUAGAGCAUACGGGCGAGAAGCCCUUCAAGUGUCCACACUGCCCCAAGGCGUGCGUUCGCAGCGAGGGCCUCAAGAAACACAUACUGCGCCUGCACAAGGACAUCGAACCCGAGCAACGACUGACGGCGACCAAGCAAUGGCCAACGGGCGACCCAAACGGCAGAGUCUUUAUGUACAAAUACGAUCUAACCAAACACACACGAAUGCCCACCGGCGAGGCGUAAAAGUUAACCACGCCUUGCCCAGGAAAUUGAGCUCAGGGCACACACUGACACACAGACACACACACACACACACUCAAAGCGGAAAACCUUGCAGUUCGAGCAGCCGGGAAAAUAGAAGGGAUUGGAAACCGACUUGCAAACGAGCAUUUGAUUUUGAAAUGUAACUUUUGAGCGCUUCAAAACUUGGCAAAAUGGCAAAAUUGAUAUAAAACUAAACAAUUAUGUAGCUUUUAUAGCCAGCGAGAUCUAAGGCUUUCCCACAACCAUAUCAAAGAAUUAUGUUUUGAUAUGCUUUGCAUGGGACACUAAAAGAUAUUCAAUUCAUUUGUUGUAUAAAUUUAUAUAUAUACACAUAUAUAUAUAUAAUGGGCUCAAGCAAUCGAUUUGAUGCA